GCUCUGGAAACCCUCGGAUAACAGCGGUUAACUGGCUUCCUCGGGUCCAGUCAUAUGCUGUUACUUAACUACCUCAUGAGCAUGUCGACCCAAGACACCUGUCUGCCUACUACUACGGCUACACUUCCAACUACUUCAUAGUCCCUUCCUGGUCGCAUUCGCCACUGCCUUUUUUCUGCCUUCUUAGUCUAUGGUGAUCAUCACCCAGCGUAUAUAGACCAAAAACCCUCGCUUGCGACCGUUUGACGACACAAAAACCCGUCAUGAGUCUGACGCGUGCUGUAGCCCUCCCUCUGCGGAGGGCGACUGUUUCGAAACCAUACACUGCGCACCCGCUGCGCUCGGCCUCGAGGGCCUUCUCGGUGUCGGUACGACGCGAUGCUACCUGGGGAUUUAUUGGCCUGGGGCGAAUGGGUUACGCCAUGGCAAAGAACCUACGUGCUAAGAUCCCUGCAACGGAUACCCUGAUUAUACGAGACGUGAACGAAAAAGCCACCGAGCGGUUUGUCCAGGAAACCCGAGAGGCUGCCCGGAGCAGCGGAGCAGGGGACGAUACCUCCAAGGUGUUGGUGGCCCAAAACGCGAGGGAGGUUGCGGAGCAAUCGACAGUGAUGAUAACCAGUUUACCGGAGCCGGAACACGUGAAGAAUGUCUUCUAUUGCGUUCUCCGGCAUGGAGAGCUCCCAGCCUUAGAGCAAGAGCGACUGUUCAUUGAUACGUCCACGAUAGAUCCGGCCUCGUCCAAGGAGCUGGCAAACGCUAUUCAUACGACGCGCCAAGGACGCUUUGUCGAUGCUCCCAUGUCAGGCGGAGUAGUUGGAGCCCGCGCAGGCGCACUCUCGUUCAUGUUCGGCGCCUCGUCACAAUCGGGCGAACUGGUGGAACGAGUGAAGUCCAUCCUACUUCUCAUGGGGAAGAAAGCGUGGCACAUGGGCCCGCCGGGGACCGGUGUCUCCGCGAAGCUUGCCAACAAUUACAUCCUGGCUAUCAACAACAUUGCCACGGCCGAAGCAAUGAAUCUCGGCAUGCGAUGGGGUCUUGAACCCAAGGCCCUUGCGGAGUUGGUCAACACCUCCACUGGUCGCUGCUGGCCAAUGGAGGUAAAUAACCCUGUUCCGGGCGUCGUGGAAACCGCCCCGGCCUCGCGCGACUACGAGGGUGGGUUUGGCGUCAGCUUGAUGAACAAAGAUCUGCGAUUGGCCCUUGCUGCUGCCGAAGAGUCCGGCUCUCCGCUCGCUCUCGGAGACCAGGCUCGCAGUGUGUACAAUGCUGUGGAGGAGCAGCACCGAGGAAAAGAUUUCUCCGUUGUAUACCAGUGGUUGAAGGGACAGUCCGAGCAAUGAGACGAUGGGUAGGCUGGCACAAAUAUCGGUUCCAGCGUUCUUGCCUCUCACAAACUUCUUUCGCCAUUCUUCAGGGCUUGUGGCAAUGUUUGCUGUCCUCUGUGAGCUACGGUUCUAUUUCACCUGUUUGUGGCUGGGGUUCAUGGCAUUAGCUAAAAGAGGCACGGAAAUUGUCGAUGGAUGUUCCCGGCGUUCAUGACUACCAGAAUGCACCCUUAACAGGGUGCAAAUAUCCCCUGCAUAUAUACAAAUUAUUGUAUUCCUAUGGCAGCUCGGCUGGGUCAUGAUUCAUGCUACCUAGUAUCUGAGAUUAUUUCAAUUUUAAAAAGAUACUUCC